CUUUUUCUAGUAGCGUAAAAAUCGGAGGAUAAUCAUCCUAAACGCGUGCUGACAAUCUGAGGUGGCACAUGUGCGAUAUUGCACCAACUACACCACCCACAUUCUACCUUCAUCUCUCUCUACUUUCCGAUUCACCUUCCUCCUCUUGCUUUUGUUAUCGGAGUUUUUUGUUGUAUCGGUCAUGUCAAUCGACGGUGGAAGAUUUUACUGGGAGAGGAAUUCUGAUGAAAAGGUCAAAGGAAUUGUGAUAAUCUUCGCUUGGGUUUCAAUUCAGGAAACUGAAUUGAAGAGCUAUGUUGAUCUUUAUGCUUCUCUUGGUUGGAGCUCUCUUGUCUGCCUUGCCGAUUUCGCUACCCUAUACAUACCUGAGAAGGCUACAUCACUGGCAUAUUCUCUUCUGAGAGAGCUUGUCGAGGAGCUAAGAUGUCGGCCUUGUCCAGUUGUUGUGGCAGCUCUUUCUGGUGGUUCUAAGGCCUGCAUGUAUAAGUUUUUUCAGAUUGUUAAAGGGAGAUCUGAAGCUCAAGUUAAUCUGGAGGACAGCCAAUUGGUCAUUAACUGCAUCUCAGGUCAAAUUUAUGAUUCUUGUCCUGUUGAUUUCACUGCAGACUUUGGAGCACAAUUUGCUGUGCCUCCCACAAUUCUAAAGUUCCCCGGCUCCACAAAGCUACUGUCUCUGGUUGCGAAAGGUUUUACUUCUGGAUUAGAUGCCCUAUUCAUAACUAGGUUUGGAUCCCAGCGUUCUGAGUAUUGGCGAACUCUUUACUCCUCAGUUAGUUUUGGGGCCCCUUUUCUCAUUUUGUGCUCAGAAAAUGAUGAUAUUGCACCAUAUCAAUCUGUAUCUAAAUUUGCUCACAGCUUGCAAGACAUGGGAGCAGAUAUCAAAAUGAUAAUGUGGAAGAGUUCCUGUCACGUAGGUAUGUACAAGAGUGAUCCCAUCCAGUACAGCAUUGCUAUUGAUCAACUACUUGCUCAGGCAACUUCAGUUUUCACUAGCAGAAUUAAGAAACUAGGAGAGAGAAAUGGCUUGGAUGAUAUGCAUGAUGAGAUAUCUCACAUGAUUUGUGACCUCCAAAAUGCAGCAGCUGACUCGAAUGGAAGUUUUAGAAGAGUUGCAGGGGGACCAAAUGAUCACUUUUUCUUGCCAAGUUCAUCUGACCGUCAAAAUGUUAGUGAUUCUGGCUCUUCCUCCGAAGAAAGAAAAGAUCUGCCUAUUUGGCCAAAUCCCAGUUUAAGUGCACACACUGUGCUUGGCCAAAUCCUUUUUGAUGCUUGUGUUCCUAAGAAUGUUGAAGGUUGGGAUGUUAAGUAUACUUCUUCCUUAAAAGGCCAACCAUUUUCCUCAGUGCGUAAGCAUUCGCCACUAAAUGCUAUCAAAAACUUCCGCCGUUCACGGUUAUGAGGCCUUUUCUUGUGGAACUCACUUCAGCUUUUCACAUUUCUUUGAGAUGCACUGUAUGGUUAAUAUCAUAAUUUUACCUCCAUGAUUUAAGAAGUUUAUGAUGAAAUAUUGGAGGUCACUUUUCAAGGUGAAACUGACUAAUGAUCUGAUUUGGCUGGCUACUAGAACGAAGUGUACAGGUUAAAUGAGUAACACAUCUCCUAUCUUAAUGGGAUGGGCAGACAUGAUGUGGUGUGUAUGAGAGCUGUUAAUAUAUGGAAAGCAGCAUGUACCAUUUGAUUGGUCUGGGAAGCGUUUGUGCCACUCUUCAGUUGCUUCAGGUGAUGUGAUGAUAAGAAACUAUUUGGGAGCCUUUAGCAAGUGGUGAUUUUAUAUAUUGUUCGGUAACAUGUACAUAAGGCACUUUUACUUGCUUCUGGGAAUAUGACGUUUCUGUCUUCCCACACAUGUACAUAACGUAUCUAUUCUGCCAGAGACUCGUUAGCAUAUGAGAUAAAUACUGUAGAACUUUGCUGUAUAAUUAUGAACCUGGAUCAGCUAUGUAUUCUGGCUGUGUAUAUAUCUGGAAAUUUUGCAA